CCACCAUCAUAUCUCCCAUACACUGUUAUCGUCCUGUCCUCUCACCAAACACCCCCCCUCCCCCUCUCGCGAAGCCCACCAUGCCCGUUGCAAAGGGGGCAUCGGGCGAGGACAUUCGUCCUGUCCGAUCGAUAUUGGAUAGUGACCUGUACAAGUUCACGAUGCAGCAGGCCAUCUUGUACUCUCCUGUCGAGGACCCCUCAGUCUCCUAUCAGUUCACAAACCGGUCCAAGAACAUGACUUUCACCCGAAAAGCUUAUGAGCAGAUACAUCUUGAAGUCAAAGGCCUUGCGUCCCUUUCACUUUCUGCUGAAGAGAGAAUGUGGCUAGAGAAGAAGUGCCCCUACUUUAGAAAGGAGUACCUCGACUGGCUCUCUGCCUUUCGCUUCAGGCCCGAGGAACAAGUUCUACUGCGAUUCAACUCUCUGAAGGAAGGAUCGGGAAGCGACGAGAUCGGAGAGCUGGAGAUUGAAGUCAAGGGUAUCUGGUCAGAGGUGAUUCUUUACGAGGUGCCGCUCAUGAGCAUCGUAUCGGAGACUUACUUCCGCACGAUCGACACAAAGUGGGAUAUGCAAGGACAGCGGGCUCUGGCCAAGGAUAAAGCUCGGCGUCUUACGCAGGCAGGAAUCCUCUACUCGGAGUUUGGCUCGCGCAGACGGCGCUCCUACGAGUCUCAUCGCCUCUGCAUCGAGGGUCUUCUAGCAGGCGAGAAGGAGGCUCUGGCGUCUCAUGGCGGGUCUGUUGGCCCCGGCAAGCUGCUCGGUACAUCCAACGUCCACUUUGCUCAGAUGUUCGAUCUUACACCGAUCGGUACCGUUGCCCACGAAUGGACCAUGGCGAUCGCUGCUCUGGAAGGCUACGAUUAUGCCAAUCUCCGAGCCCUUCAAUACUGGGAGUCAGUCUACUGCCCUCCGGCAUUUCAGCCCCAGUCACCGGCUGACGACCUAACCAUCGCGCUCACCGAUACAUUCUCGUCGAAAGUCUUCUUCAAGGAUCUGCUGGAAACGCCUGAAGGACGGGAGAUAGGCAAGAGGUGGCGAGGGCUCAGACAAGACAGUGGUGAUAGCAAAGUCUUUGCGAGGAAAGCAGUCGAGGUCUACAAAAGUCUUGGGAUCGAUCCGAAGAAGAAGGUUGUAAUCUACUCUGAUGGACUGCAUGUCGAGAAGUGCAUUGAAUUGGCAGAAUACUCGAAAGAGGUUGGCAUAGGGGCAGGUUUCGGUGUUGGCACCAACUUCACGAACGACUUCCGGGUCGCAGAUGACCCCUCCCCCCGAGCUGAUCCAGAUGCCACGCCACGGUCUGGCGGAGUAUCGAAGCCACUCAACAUCGUCAUCAAGAUCUCAAGAGUCAAGGGUGUACCUGCGGUCAAGAUCAGCGAUGAAUUGACGAAGAACACCGGCGACAAAGAGGAGAUUCGGCUGGUGAAGGAACGCUUCCACCUCGAAGAAUCAGAGGCCUCUACAGCCUCUACAGCUGGUGGCUCUUCAUCAGCAACAUCCUAGGCGAGAGACUAGAGUUGGGCGAUCCUUUUUCGUCAUGGCCUUCGGUCCUCAACACAGUCUGGGCACUGGAUCCCCCACCUCACAUCACGACAGCCUCGCCAUAUCCGUCCAGCUCGUCUCCCUUCGUUUCGCCUACCGCCCUGGAAGGCGGCACAGGACCGGCUGGAA